AUGCCUAGACCAAAGCUCCAAUUUGUGGGUAGCUGUCAGAAUAAGCAGGAUGAAGAAAGAUUGCAGAAGCUCAAAGAGAGAUGCAGGGAACUAAAUUUGGAUAAUUUUGUGGAGUUCCGCAGGGAUGCUAUGUAUAGGUUCGAUCUGCAGGACUUGGUCCAACUUCUGGGAAGUGCUGUUGCCGGACUUCACUCCAUGACUGAUGAACAUUUUGGAAUUAGUGUUGUAGAGUACAUGGCAUCUGGUGUGAUACCAAUUGCUCAUAAUUCAGCAGGUCCCAAGAUGGACAUAGGUUUGAAUGAAGGUGGACGUCAAACAGGAUUUCUAGCAUCAAACAAAGAGGAAUAUGCUGAAGCUAUCCUCAUGGUGAUUAAGAUGCCAGAGGCAGAAAUACUAGCAAUAGCUGCAGCUGCUAGAAAGCAUGCUCAAAGGUGUUCAGAGCAGAAAUUCUUCGAGGACUUCCAAGGCUGCAGUUCAGCCUAUCCGAUGAUACUGUAUUCUUAUCCGAUGAUAACAUUUUCCAUGCAUGCUGAACAUGGAAAAGAAAAUUAUUACCUAGAGAACAACACCGAUUUUUGA